AUGGGCUUUUCAAGCAGUGUCCACUUAUUGAUCUCCUGUCUAAAACAAUGUUAAAUUAUAUAUUCUAGCCAGGAACUUUUCAUGCUCCUAAUCAUCUGCAACCUUCAUUGAUCCAGCUGUAUGUUCCCCCAGGUGCUAGGAUGGCUACUGAUAGCAAGCAUCAUGGCUUUAGUACUGGCUGUCACAUGCAUCAACCGCUGUCGUUCUCCAGUCAGUUUUCUUCAGCUGAGGUUCUGGAAAAUCUACUUGGAAAAGGAACGGGAGGUUUUUGAGAGGAAGGCCAAGGAGCAUGCAACCAAGCUGGCAGAAAGGAACCUGAAGUGCUUCUUUGAGUCCACUGAGCCAGAACCAUUUCAGACUCCCAGCAACAAAGACUGGCAGCAGAUCUCGUCCUUGUAUGCCUUCAAUACUAAAGGACAGUAUUACAGCAUGAUACACAAAUAUAUUAGUGCAAACAGAGGCACCAGCAUCAGAUCUACUGAAGAAGAUGUGUUUUCUCCUGCUUUAGGAUUUGUGGAUGGCACUGAUUUUAAUGAAACGGGGACAUUAUAAUCAAAUAAA